GCAACCACUCGACUUGUUCAAACCACUCACAUUGGCCAUCACGGCGCCUGUUUCUCGCACCCCCCUCACUUCACCGACACCGACGGGGCGCAACAACGCCAUAGGGGCACUCUGAUCAUGUCCAUCCCAUCACGCUCCCCGAGGCGCAGACAAUCGGCAGCAGCGACGUUAUCCGAUCACAACCUCAACACCUUCGACGACAACCUCACUCUUCCAAUCACCAAGCAGGAGCAGCGAACUAAGGGCCACAAGCGUGCCACUGUAUCCAUGGGGGGUGAAGGCUUGCGCUUCUCCGUUGGAUGGGAGAACUUGAGCGAGGGACAAAAGCUGCGUCGUUCUGCGCAACCCCGCAAGUCCAUCCUCAAGGGCUCCGUCACGGAAGACUCGACAGCGCAAUUCAACUUCAGCAUCAGCGAUGCCCAGGCCGAAACCAUCCAUUUCGGGGACCUGCCCUCGCGCAUGGACGCAAGCUCGAGCAGGGGCCCAAGAGCCAGCUUACCGGUCACAUCCGCGCACGAGAGCCUGGGCGCCAAGCGACGAGUCAGCUUUGCUCCGAGCGCCCAUGUCAGGAUGUUUGAGAAGAAGCCUGCGCGCAAGUCGUUAGGCGUACCUGCCUCGUUCCGCCCGGCGCCGACGGCGCAAUCCCCAUCUCGUCGUGCCCGGUCGUCGCUCUCCUCGCAGCAGGGCCGCCAGUCAUUGUCCAGCGAAUACGCAUCCCAGCCUCCUCCUGCAAUCUACUUCCAGGGCGAAGGCGAGGGGCAGGGUGAGGAGUCGAUGGAGCUCGAGUCGGAGAGCGAGGCGUCGGACAUCUCUGCCGACUCGGAUGAGAUCCUGGCUCAGGUCACGUCGAACUCAAUGAACUCGUUUGCCGUGAACGACAACGUCAACCCCGACUUCAGCGAGGAAGAAGACGAAGACGCUGAAGGCGAGAUGGACAUGGAGGACACGAUGGUUGGCGGGGGUAUCGUGCAGCAGGAGUGGGAAGACGACGAGGAAGACGACGACGACAUGGAACUCGAGAGCGAACCGGCUACCGACAAUGGCGACGACGAGGAGAAGACUAUGGACUUUACCGUUGCUCUUGGUGGACCGAUGCCAGCAACCGCCCCACAGACGGCCAUGCGCUCCCGCGCGUCAAUCGGAUACACGCACGCAGAAGCUAGCGAGGGAGCCCCGAUUCUCCCUGGCGAAGGCGACUACGCCUUGGAUCACGAUGCCGACGAGAUGGAGAUGGAUGAGACGGCUGUCUACGGUGGCGUGUACGGCAGUACAGAUGAGAGUAUCUCUUCUGGCGAUGACACUGGCGGCACCAGAAACCCCGACGCCGUGACCGGUACAUUCAACUACACCAUCGGUGAUGCCAGCGGAAUGGAGCUCACCACCGUCGGCGGUGGUAUCUUGCGACAGAGGACCGCAACGUACAACAUGUCGACAAACAUCUUUGCCCCUACCCCGGCUGCUCCGGCGGCAGAUGACAACACCGGCGACUUCCUAUCCGCUGGUUCGUUCGCUUACCCUGUGUUAUCUCCCAUCAAGGUGCCGAAGCCUGUCGCUACUUCCACCCUCAAGGCAUCAGUAUCCAACCCUUUUGCGCCUCCGCCAGUCUCUGCCCCGGCUGAGCCUACAUUCAGCCAGGGAUUAGCGCAGAGCACUAGCAAGAGCCCGGCCAAGAGUUCCCGCUCGAGGCAGUCUCUUGGAGGCGCCAGCACGCCCAAGCGGACACCGAGCAAGAGCUCGGGUGGCACUCCGUCAUUCGCCCGACCCACCACUUCGUCUGCUCAGAAGAGCCGGGACGCUCGCGGUGGUUCUGCUGGGCCGUCGUCCACAGCCCCGCUUUCGGCUCCGAAGCCACCUCAACCCCCCGCUACCGCUCCCCAAAAGCGCAAUAUCUUUGGUGCCAGCCCAGAAAUGCCAGGCACCUCAGCGCCACGACCGACUGGCAUGGCAACUGCGGCGAGCGUUGCCAAGAAGCUGGACUUUACGUCUGCCCCUACCCCGGGAUCUCUGUCCCGCUCGGUGCCACCCUCUGCCUCCCAGGUGGCAGCGACUACCCCGCUCCGUCAUCCGCAGACAGCACCAGCCACGCCGUCCAGCGCCCGGAAACGACCCCGCACCGACAGCGACGACGAGGACGUUGUCUUCCCUAGCGCCAAGAAGACGGUUGUACAGAAGCCCCCGUCGCCCGUGAAGAACAUUUUCGCCUCUGUGCAGGCGGCCGAACCCGCCCCAGAGGAGGAUGACGAGGCCGAGGCCUCGACUGAGGACACAUCUGGCGACUUCCACACUGCUCACGAGCAGGCGACAGCGAAUGUCUUUGCUGAGGAGGCGGUUGAGGAAGACAUCGAGGAGGAAGUGGCUGAGGAGGACGUGCAGGGAGACGAAGAGGAGGUCGAGCGGUCACCAACACCGGAGCCCGAACGCCCUCUCCCUCAGUACACUGGCACACCGGGUCGUCAGUCACUCGGCAUGCCUCGCAAGUCGAUGGGUACUCCAGUCCGCCAUCUGAAGUCGCCUGCCGAGGGCAUUGUGGUUCGCGAGUCGUUCGGCUUCGGCUUCACUUUCCCGCCGCCUACACCAUCUCCCGCCUUUCCGGAGGAAGAUGAGCUCGCUGAGCCUGAAGAGGCCGCACCUAUUCAGCUGACCACUUUCCUGGAAAUGGUCGGAGCACAGUUCAUGGACGACCUGCCUGCCGCCCCGCGCCGUCGUCGUAGCAGCGUUGGACGGGGCGUUCUCGGGCGUGGAGAUGGCGGCGAGCGCGAGUACGCCAUCCACGACUUUGCCGAGGCCCACAUUGAGGGUAUCCUGCUCAACAUGUUCAACUGGGCGAUCCAGAAGAUGAGGACGGACAUCGAUACCGGCAAAGAAGAGCUCGCAUCAACAGAGGCCAUCUGUGACGCCGAGAACCCAGCCGUCGUGCGCGAUUACCUCAGCGCCAACGACGAGGACCGGCAGCUGUUCGAGUUCACCCUGCGCGAGUUCAAGGCCAACACCCAGCUGCGGGCCCGCUCUCAAUGGUACGACUGGAAGCAGAGCCUCAUGGAGCGUAUUCUCCCCGACUUUAGGGAGAUUGUCGAGGAGAUGAAGUCUGACGCGGCGCGCCACGCUGCAAGCAAGGAAGUCUCCGACAGCCUGCUACCCGACCUCCGUGCACGCAAGGCAGAGCUCGAGGCUGAGCUGGCCAAGCGCCGUGCGCAGGUUGCCGAGAUUGCUGCUUGUGACCCUGAGGAGUUGGCGGAUCUCAAGGCUGCUGUUGUUGAGCAAAAUGUUGAGAUUGAGCGAUUCAGGUCAGAACUGGAGACCAAGACCGCCAAGAACGAGGAGCUUUCGACUCGCUUGACUGAGCUCACGUCCGAGGCUGGGCAGCACAACGCUGCGCUAGAGGUCGCUCGAAGCAUGUGCGACCAGUUCAUGCCCUCGGACGUGAUCCGCCUUGAGCGCGAGUGGAAGAGUUUGCAGGAGCUCCACCGGUUCCGCGUGGUCCGCAUGGGCGCCCAGGUCGAGCUGGUGUUCGCAGGCGAGCUGUUGCUCAGUGUUCAGAGCAAGGACGUCAAGACCGCACAGCUGAGCCUUGUCAACCCCGGACGUAACGACGCCACCGCCGGCCUGCUCGCUCUCACGCGCAGCGCCUUGGCCGAGCUCAUGGCUGCGCACCAAAUCACCAGCCUAUCCGCCCUCGUCCGCGCUGUUGGGCAGCUGUGGACCGCCGCUCGACACAUUCGUGGCGAGCUCGACUUGCUGUCGAUCUACUACCCGGCCACUUUCAAGCUCGAGAACGGCGUGCUGACAUGCACUGCGGCGCUGAUGCUACCCGCUGCGUCCGCCCGCGCCCGCCUAAGAGUCCAGCUUGGCCCAAGCACACUCAUCUCCUGGCCCGAGGAGCUCAAGGACGUCAACGUCACCGCCGAUGUAGUGUAUGGAAGCGUCAGCCCCGAUGUGUUAGUCCGCAUUGCCCAGGAGACGGUCGCCAAGUCUCUUCCACACGUCCCCGGCGUGCUCCUCCAGGCGUGUGCCGAGGCCGCUGCCACUCAGACAUAACUGCCACUUGUGUUGUAUUUUGCUUCUGCCCACCAUAUAAAUGUAGUAUCGUUUCCUCUUGUGUCAUGUUCCG